AGUUGCUUUCUUAUGCACCCAAUCAAUAUGGACAGUCCUACAACGACGGUAUCUUCCAGUUAUGAUUCAUUGGAUUUGAAGGGUCGUGGACCUGCGCGGACGUUGGAUACAUCUACCUGCAUCAGUGAUGUGAAGUCGGAUGUCUCCGAGGAGAAACCUGUCGUUGGCAGUAACGAUUUCCAAGCGGUUUUCAACACGGUCAUGAUUGCUGUCGGCAUUGCCCUUUUGGCUUUAGGGAAGACGACGGCUAGCGUUGGGUAUCUACCAGCACUGUUGCUUCUCAUAUUCUGCGGCUUCGUCGGCUACCUCAUGAUCUACCUCCUCUAUCGGUGUAGAGUCAUGGCCCUUGAGCUUGGUGCCGAUUCCAUGGCCAGUUACGAAGACAUUGGUCGCUUUACCUGCGGCAGAAUAGGGCAGAUUAUCGUCGCUAUUGCCCUUCACGUAUCACUUAUUGGAUCGUCGUGUGUCCUUAUUUUACUACUUGGACAGAAUUCUUACCAUAUUUACAGCGGUAUCAGUGUAACUUGGUGGAUCAUAAUAUGGAUGUUCAUCUUAUUGCCUGUCAACUGGCUCAAGACUAUGCGUGAGAUCGGCUAUAUCUCCAGCACCAUUGGCGUGGUGUCGAUCAUCACUACCAUCAUUGGCCUUUGUGUGGCAGGCUUCGUCGAAUUCGGUCAGGACCACGACAACGUUGACUACGAACUGGCUGUUCCAGAACCUCUUACUUUGAUUGGUGCAUACACUACCUUCUCUUUUUGCUUCUCCGUGACUUGCGGUACUCCAACCGUAACUCACGAUAUGAAGAACCCGGCACACAGUCCAAUUGUGUUUCUUUGGGCUACUGUCGUUUUAUUUGCGGUCUAUCUCGUCGUUACCGUCCCAUCUUACCUUGGUUGGGGUCAAGGCUUGCUGUGUUAUGAUAACGUCUCAGAUGCCAUGAACAAGGAUGUCUGGGGAUACAUCUCAUUUGUUAGCAUUGUUGUCCUUUGUGCAACCCAUUACGCGGUAGUUCUUCACCCUUCGUGUAGAGCUAUCGAAAAUGUCUUUGGGUUGGGUGAAGGAUCACAGCGCGUUGAGAAGUGGGGCUACUGGCCUUCGCUGAUUGCGACGAGUGCCUUGCGUAGCAUACUUGUUGUAUUAACAGCGAUUGUCGCUAUAACAGUGCCCAAGUUCUCGUUCUUGGUUGAUCUUAACUCGGCCAUUACGUAUUGUUUAUUGCAAAUGAUAUUCCCUCCAGUCUUCUACAUGAGACUGAGAUAUAUGAUACACAAGGAGUUUGGUGACGGUGAAGUGAUGGACCGUUGUGGUGGUAAAUUUGGUACCUGGAAGAGUCGUGUCCAGUGCACUGUCCUUAUCUGCUUGAUGGCCUUAUCUCUGGUCGCCUCGGGUAUCACAGUUUACAAGACUGUAACUCCUGCAGCCGUACCCGAGAUGUGCUCUCAUCUUGCACAGUAA